GCUUCGCCAGGUAGUACCGAAUCUGCCCUCUCCCGGGGGAGAGCUGAGGAGCAUUAAUAAAUCUCUAAGCCGAGGAGGAAACUCUGGCUGGGGCAGCGCGCCGAGCUCCGGCUGCUCCUGGGGUGCGGCGGGCGAGCGGCGGCGGCCGGAGAGGCACAGCGGGCAACAUACAAAGAGGCCACAACAGAAGGGAGCCCUCGGCCCGCUCCCGUCCACACAGUCCCCUCCACCGGCGCCUCCCCCUCGCACCGCGCGGUGCUGCCUGGUGCCCGAGGCCGCUCGGACCUGUGCUGUGACUGCGAGACUGCGGAAGGAAGGAUACUGGGGACAAGACGGUCUCCUGUGCGGAAUCCCUGAGGGCCAAGUUCCUGGCCACUUUGGCACGCGCCCUCCUUUAGCCCUCGCCCGCCCCUUCCUGCAGCCCAGCUGUCCCGGCUGUUCUUCGCCUCCUCGUGUGCCAGCGGCCCCGGUUCCCGGCCACCAUGGUGACGGUGGAGGAGCUGCGGGAGAUGGACUGCAGCGUGCUCAAAAGGCUGAUGAACCGGGACGAGAACGGCGGCGGCGCCCUGGGGCUGCUGAGCGGCGGCAAGUGCCUGCUGCUGGACUGCCGACCGUUCCUGGCGCACAGCGCGGGCUACAUCCGAGGCUCGGUCAACGUGCGCUGCAACACCAUCGUGCGCCGGCGGGCCAAAGGCUCCGUGAGCCUGGAGCAGAUCCUGCCCGCCGAGGAGGAGGUGCGCUCCCGCCUGCGGUCCGGCCUCUAUUCGGCCGUCAUCGUCUACGACGAGCGCAGCCCGCGCGCCGAGAGCCUCCGCGAGGACAGCACUGUGUCGCUGGUGGUGCAGGCGCUGCGCCGUAACGCCGAGCGCACCGACAUCUGCCUGCUCAAAGGUGGCUAUGAGAGGUUUUCCUCCGAGUAUCCAGAAUUCUGUUCCAAAACCAAGGCCCUGGCAGCCAUCCCGCCCGCAGUGCCCCCCAGCACGGCCGAGUCCUUGGACCUGGGCUGCAGCUCCUGUGGAACCCCACUGCACGACCAGGGGGGUCCGGUGGAGAUCCUGCCCUUCCUCUACCUCGGCAGUGCCUAUCACGCUGCCCGGAGGGACAUGCUGGACGCCCUGGGGAUCACGGCCCUGUUGAACGUCUCCUCUGACUGCCCGAACCACUUCGAAGGGCUCUAUCAGUACAAGUGCAUCCCCGUGGAGGACAACCACAAGGCCGACAUCAGCUCCUGGUUCAUGGAAGCCAUCGAGUACAUCGACGCCGUGAAGGAGUGCCGCGGCCGCGUGCUGGUGCACUGCCAGGCGGGCAUCUCGCGCUCGGCCACCAUCUGCCUCGCCUACCUGAUGAUGAAGAAGCGCGUGAGGCUGGAGGAGGCCUUCGAGUUCGUCAAGCAGCGGCGCAGCAUCAUCUCGCCCAACUUCAGCUUCAUGGGGCAGCUGCUGCAGUUCGAGUCGCAGGUGCUGGCCACGUCCUGCGCCGCGGAGGCCGCCAGCCCAUCGGGGCCCCUGUGCGAGCGCGGCCAGGCCGCCCCCACGCCCACCUCGCAGUUCGUCUUCAGCUUCCCGGUGUCGGUGGGCGUGCACGCGGCGCCCAGCAGCCUGCCCUACCUGCACAGCCCCAUCACCACCUCCCCCAGCUGCUAGGGCCGCGCGGGGAGCCCCCAAACCAGGGGCCUUCAGCGACCGGUGGGGGCCACGGGCGGCGGCCAGGUGGGACUGACCAGCCGGGCGGGGGGGGGACAGGCCACCAGGUCCCUUACAUCCCGUCUCCUCGGCCGACCACCGGGCCCCCGGAAUGGCAAUAAGGACUUUGCAUACCUGUGAACAGCCAACUAACGGAGCCCUCCAACUUCCAGCAAUAACGCUGCCUCGCGGGCGGGCAAGACCUCGGCGUGGUGUGUGUGUGUCCGGGUGACGUUGCAGACGGGAAUUUCUUACCUCAUUUUUUUUAAAGCAGUAAGGCUUGAAGUUAGGAAAUCCACAGGUCCUGGCAGAUGUGCCCACGCAGUUUCAUUAAAGGGCGGGGACGUGGGGGGCGGAGGGACAAGAAGAAAAGUUUGCCCGAAGUGCCUGGUUCUGUGUGCUCGGCCCUUUUUGUUGUUGAGGUUACAGGGAUUUUUUUUUUCUUUUUUAAAAGGAGACUUUGAGGACAUGGCUUUCCCUUCUAAGUCACAAACAGGUGAAUAAUCAUGCUUAAUAAUAAAAGUAUUUAUUAAGGA